AUUCUGACUCCUCACCAGUAUUAUCACAAAAUAUUUUAGAUUUGUACUUCGCUGACUUAACAAGAUAAACAUAAUCAGGCAUACUAUAACAAAAUUGCAGCAAUGAAGUUCUAUGAAGGCAGCAAUAUCCUCAAAUUUUCAUGGGAGCAAGUGGCUCAGGGUAUCUGGCAGCGUUACCCAAACCCUGAAAGCUCUCAUGUUCUGUCUGAGGACACCAUAGUCAGGAAAGUCAUUGGACAUCAGCUGCACUCCAAAAGGAUAUUAACUAAAACAAAUCGUAUGCCAAAAUGGGGUGAACGACUGAUCAAUGCCCGGAAUGUCAGUAUCAUUGAAGAAUCUAUUGUGGAUCCAGAUAAGAGAGAAAUGUGUACAUACACAAGGAAUGUUGGGUUAACCAAGGUUAUGACUUGUGUUGAAAAGGUGAUUUACAAACCAAGCCCAGAAAACCCACAAUGGACAGUAGCAGAAAGGAGGGCAUGGAUUGACUCAAAAAUAUUUGGAUUUGGGUAUGCAAUCCAGAAAUUUGGUAUCGAGCGCUACAAGAAGAACAUUCAGAAAACCAAUUUAGGAUUUACCUAUGCUCUCAGCAGGCUGUUUCCAGUUGCUGACAGUCCUACUGAAACUUCAAACACACAUCAUCUCACUUUAGAAGAAAGGAAACAAAGAUUAAAGGAAGCUGCAAGGGAAACUGCCAAGAGAGCUAAGGAGUUGGCUCAAGAAAAGGCUGGGCCUAUUUAUGCUGCUUGUGAAGGAGUAAGAAGUUGAAGAUUGGAUAAACUGGCUGAUGCUAAGAUAGCCAGUGCAAGAAAGCCCCAAAAGGUCUGGUGAGGAGUCAGGUGCUACUUCUGUAGAAAAUUGGAUCCUUUACAAAUCUCACAUGUUAUAGUGCAAAUCAUUUGAUUACUGUUUUUUGUGAAUUUUGUUUUUAACAAUGUGUUGAAUAUUUAGUGUAUCAACAACAGUGCCAUAUGCAUAUGAAGAUAGCUACAUUAAUAAUGCAGUUUUCAAAUAUAAUUUGUAUGCAUCUCUUAAUUUUUCUUAAAAAUUAUUUCAUAUUGUAGUUUAAAAAUAGACCAAACUCUUGUAUGAAUAUAAUGUACAAAAUUAAUAUGUUGUAACUAUUGGAUAUGUUUCAAGAGUCCAGAGAUUAAAACAUCUGACAAAUCU